UUGACGACGAGGGUGAGGAAGAAAUUUGCCGUUCGGCGUUGGAAUUUGAAGGAUUUUGCUACUUUAGUACUCGUUAAGAGGACGUGAGACGAAUGUAUUGGAAGUGUUGUGAUCUAAGCUUUAGCCGGAACUGAACACAACAUCCCUAGAAAAUGAUAUAAGUGAAGUUUUUGUGGGAUUAAAAGCAGGUGGAAUGAGGCAGUAACGAAGCUAGCAUCCUGAGAUAGGCUACCAGACGAUGGAGCCAGCCUCGAAAUCUGCCCGGGGUUGGGGCACCUUUUACAUGAUUCUGACCUUUGGGAGGUCAGCGUGAGGAGGGUUCACCGCAAUGCGAAUCCAGGAGAAAAUAGAAGCAAGUGCAACAUGUGCCAAAAUGACGGAGGAAAAAAGCGUGAACGGGGUCUGUGAAGUCCCCGCUGCCGCAGUUAGCAAGAGAGCAAGAGGCUAUGUGUUGGACGGGGUUAGGCCCGUUAGGCCCCGUUCUGUAGACCCAGACACCUCUCAUGCGUUUGCAGGAGGAAGGCUCAAGUUUUUUAAAGAUGGAAAAUCAAUUCUGGAAUUGUCGUAUCGGAGGGAUGGUGACAGAAUGUGCUGGGUCUCAAAUUGGCCUGUCCCUGGAGCUACUCGGCAGGAAAGCUCAGCAGCUUCACUUAGUGUUUCAGAUGACAACUCCUCUGUACAAUCAUCUCCUUGGCAGAGAGAUCAUAAUUGGAAACAGGCUAGUCCUCGGAGAGGGAGAGGUGCACAUUUACAGUUCCUAAUGAGACCUUUAAAUGCUGCUCGAAAGAUCAGAAGACUUAGCUUUAUUUCAAGAUCCAUUCGAAGGAAGAGGAGAAGACCAUAUGAUGCUGCAGAUAUGAAUGCACCUCUUAUUAAAGAGGAAGAUGCAGAUGACUCUUUCAAUAGCUCCAUGAAUUCAACAUUGAAUUCAUCUAAAACGCCUAGUAAAGGAAAGCUGCCCGGCAUAGUACAAAAUUUACUAGAUCGUGUGAAAACAAAUGAGCCCUCAAGACCCAUUAUACCAAGUGGACGAGUAGAUCCCAAUAUUAUUUCGCCGAGGAAGAGGAUACUCAGGGAAAUGGAGCGAGUAAGCAUAGAUGAGAGUUCAAAUAAGCGUCCUAAACAGAGACUUUCUCAAGGGAAUGGUUCAGCAUCAAGUAACAACAGCACAGUUACCUGCCACACACUUCAUCCUGCUGGUGCUCCCCCUCCUGUGAAGACUGCAGCUAGUAGUUAUAGCAUAACAUCCCUCCUGGCACCCCGUGAGGAGGAAACUGUUGUGUCUAAGGAGACUGAACCUUCAUUUCUACGUAACUUGCUGAAAUCUCCAUCAUCUCAGUCAGGUUCAGAUGUGUCCGAAACCAACAGUAAAGUCAAAAGUGUGUCUAAGUCUGGUAGCGUGAGGAAGAUGUCACCACCUCAGCAACAACCAGUGACAUUACCGACUUUGUCACCAUCUCCAGGACUGCGUUCUCCUGCUAUACCAUCUGCUGUGGGUGGUGCUGCACAUUAUGCACCAUACAUACCCACUCAUCCCCUCAUCUAUCCUCAUUGUUUAACGCCUCAUCCUGCUACUCAUCCCGCUUAUUAUACUGGAUAUGCACCUCCUCAUUCACCAGGGCCACCAUUGUGGAUUCCCUAUAUGUCUAGUCUUCAGGGCAGGGCAGCUAUGUAUCCAGGACUUGCACCCACAUACCACUCGCCCAUGGCGCCUUCGCCUUGGGGGGCACCGAUAAACCAUCAACCUCACUUGGAUGACUUGAGAAAAGAAGACGAUAUGCCACUAAAUUUAUCGAAACAUGCAGGAUGACUUCAACAGUGGAUCAUCGACGCUUUAUUUUGAAGGCAGCACAUUAUUAAGGGUGAAGACACCUGCAUGCUAGCUACAAACAUUUUUCAGCUUGUUGCUUCCAUAAUAAUUAUACUGUUAUAAAACAUGAUGUUUGUGUAUAGAUCUGUUUUUCAGUGUGCAAGCAAUUGUGUGAGUGAAUGAGUUUAAGAAAAUAGGUUAUUCCCAUUUUGUGAUUUUAUCCUUUCCCUUAUUCUUUUACAUUAUUCGUCUCUAUUUGUGUGAAAUGUUUCCCUCCCUGUAUUUAUGUCUGGCAGUUAGUGUUAGAAUUAAAACUCCAUUUAUCAACCUGAUAACUACUGUGUAUUGGUUUGGAUUGUUUUUGGUCCAAGUUAUGAUAUUGUUCUGUUCAUUACAUAAUUUUUGUAGAAAACAAUUUGAACUGUGUGGGACACUUCAGAAACUUUUUUGCCAGUUGUUAAUUGCACUGCCAAACUAUAGUACUUUCUAUUUCCCGUUCUUUCUAUGAAACCUCUUUUCAAAUGCUUUACACAUUUGGAGACGACUGUUGUGAACAUUCCCAGAAGAAACAAAAUAUAAAUUUACUGUAUAUAAAUGGUACUAGAUAAGUACCUCCACCGUGUCAGAAAAAAAUUAUUAUUUUUCUUGUGUUGUUUAAUUGACUCUUGCCACUGUAUCUUGUUGACUGUAAAUUUUUAAAGUGCCUUGUGGUUUAAAGUGCCCAAAGCAAUGAGACUAAAAUUUUGUACAGAUAUUCUUUUAUAAUUAUUUCAAUUAUUUUGUUCAGUCUGAGAGAUAUAUAUAGAUAUACAUAUAUAAAUAUAUAUUUACCUAUGAAUAUGUACAUAUUCAUUACUUUAUUCAUCAGUGUGAAAUCGUUUUAUGCAAAUUAGCCGUUCAAAAUGGCUCUAUUUUUAGCGUUCUCUUGUGAAUCAAUUUCAGAAACUUGGAAUGAGUAUAUUCCAUCUGAAAAUUUUAAACAUCUAUUACUAGCAAAAUGUGAAAUUUGACUGAAGAAAAGAUAUGUAUUAGAAACCAUUACCAGUAUUGUAAGUUUCCUUUGUAGUGUCUUUUGGGGUCCAAAAUCUCUUAACUGGAAAUUCACUGUCAGUUCACUUGUGGCCUUUAAAGGCAUACAUGGCAGAUUUAUUCCUUUCGGACGACUGUUUUGUCUUUAUCAAAAUGUAGGGAUACAUUGAAAGUGUGUCCAAAGCUGAAACAUAGUCAUCUUAAAAGUAUUUUGUGUAUUGAAUUUUCUCUUUGUUAUAAUUUCUUAGUUGAAAACUCGAAGUACUACAAUUUCUGUGAUGUAAAAAGUACAUUAUAAACUUACUGGGACCAUUGCAUUCUGCCUUGCAAUCACUGCACAUAUGCUGUAGUGUCGACAAAAAACAAACACUAAAAUUAAUGUCAUUAUUUUUUUUAGAAUUUUUAUUCUACUUUAAGAGGGUAUUUGAGGCCAAUUCAUAUUUACAGCUUGCGCAAUGUUCUUAACGUUUCUGAUAUCAGUUGCUUUGUCAAAUCACCAUCGUGUGAAACUUUGACGAUUUCCUCAAUUCUAAUUCAGUUUUAUCUAUCCCUAAAUUCGAUGCCACCAGCUUUACUUGAAUUUGAAUUCAGCAGAUUGCCAGAUAAUACCUUGUUCUAACCACUAUUUAUUCCUUUUAUGUCCUGUACCAAUUCCAAGUACUUCUCACUGAGGUUUAUUUUCUUUAAUCUAAUUUCUCCUUUGUGUUUGUCUGUUGUCCUAGAUACAUUCAUACAACUGCAUGCAAGAAAUUUGGGGCUGUAAUUGAACUUCCAUUCUUGUUUUCCUUUACUCGACUGACAUCUCUUAGUAUUGUUUACAAGCUUCUUUAAGUUUUUACAUUUGUUUGUUUGAAAAUGCAACACUAAAGACUAAGAAAAAAUUCUCAUUCCUUUCUGCAUCCAUUCCUUUUCUCGUACUGACUUUUUCUUGUGUUGGUCACAUGUGAUAAACUUUCCUUCUAACCUAGCCGUUCUGCUGUUUGACUUUCUGUGUGUGUAUCAUAAGAAUUAUCAACUUCUAUUGAUUUGAGAAGUUAGGUAGUGUAAGUGAACUAGUAUUGUGCAUCCUGGAAUUCACAUGCGAUGAGUAGGAGGAAUCAGGAAUCUCAAUGGAUCAUUCUCUGCUCAUGCAAUUAUCACUUUUUAUGUAAAGAAUUAAAGAUCUGUUCCUUUUCAUGCUUACAAAGUUGAGGUGCUUUUAUACUCAAUGCAAACCAAGUUUUUCUCUAAUCGUUCAGGUCUGAAUCGUCUGAUAAAUCAAUUAAAGCAAAUUAUAACUCUGAAGUAGUAAUAUUUUAAAUGUUGGAAUUGCUGCCUUUUAAUGUCUUGAUUCUAUGUAUUAGAUAGUCCCUGCUUUUAUGUAGUGUGCUACUAACUUUGGUUACUCUGUCGGGCGACACAGUAGUAAAGAGGAGAUGAUAUUGCAUAGAACGCUCGCGGCGUUUUGCCUGGACGCGAGUUGUCAGUCGCUCAGCACUCGGAGCAGGACAGUUAUCAAGUCAACUGUGACUAAUCUUUUUUUCUUUUAACUCUUAAAAAUACUUGAUGUAAAGAUGAAGUCCCUUUGUAGGACUUUUAGGGAGACUGACGCAAAGUUUGCUUUGUAUUGAAAGACUGCUGUAAUCAGGGCUCCUCAACCUUGCCUUAUUAGUGGUUGUCAAUCAUUGAAAAGUUUGGUAGUGUAAGUCUGAUGUUCAUGACUAUUUUUGAUGUACCUAUUACUCAUGGAUAUGCUAAUGAAUUCUCAGAUAUUUAUAUCAACCUUGCAUUGCAAUCAUUUCUGUGUGCUAAUAUCUAAGUUGUGCAAAAAUCUCAUUUUGCUCCUGAUAUGUUACUGAUGCUUAGAUGUAAGUACUAGAAUUUCAUCAAAAAAUGAAAUUUCAAUAACAUUUUGAUAUCAGAUUAUUUAUUAUCAUUCAUUCAAGUAUUUUCAUGUUCACAUUUAUCAGUUGGUGGGCUUAUCUUAAUUUCUUACCUGAAGCUAUAUUUUGAUUAUUCUUAUCAGCUAAAUCUUCUGAAGUUUGUUAAAUAUUAUUUCUUUUUUCUUUGCAGCCCUUUUUUUUCAUUCUGGAGGCAGUUAAAUUAUUUUUGUAUCUACUAUGCCCAACAACAUCUAGCUGGUACAUUUUACGUAAAUAUAUUCUGCUUCUAGUCACAUCAUACUCAGACUGAAAUAGUAGAGCUUGUUUUUUUACAAGUGACAUUAACAUUUCAUAUGCACUGGGUUUUUGUGUGUGUAAUUGGUAUAUGCUCUGAGGAAUGAUAGUGCUACAUCUUUAUGUAUAUAUUGCUGUCGCUACAGUUUUGAAAGUCAAUUCUGAAACAAGCCCAACAAAUAUUUCUACUGGAGUAUGUAAUGGUUCAUUUGAUUUGACCCUGGUAGCAUUGUGAUGUGUUAUAAUUUUAUUUGCUCAAUUCUUAUAUCUGCUCAACACAGAAAGUAGUGGAAGCAACAACGAAUUCUCCAAAUUGACAUGUUUUUAGGCAGUCGUUUUUUAUCUGUGCUGUGUGUCCACAUGUUGGUUUAACAACACUUGGGAUUGAUUUUCUGUAAAUUAUCUCAUAAUUUAUUUGAGGCAGCUUAGACUUAAGUAGCUUUGUGUGCAUUUUUGCCAUGUGUUAAUUUUGUGUUGGUCACUGUGAAAACUGUGACGGAAAAGCUUCAACUGGAUUGCUGUUUAGAGCUUGAGUUGUGAAUAUUCAAAUCCCAUUAACAUUAUUUAUUGACAUUUCCCUUGUGUACACUGCUGGUUUUGUAUUAUUGACGUAGUGCUAUUUCCAUCACUGCCCUUGACUAUGUGGAGUUGAGAUAGGUGUUCUGUUUCUCAGCUAUGAGACUGCCAAACAAUCAGAGUUACUGUAUUUAUCUCAAGUCUCAUGUGUUCGUAUUUAUUUACCUCAGCAUCGCUUUUGUUUACUGAAUUAAGUUCAGCUAUUGACUUUACUAUUACCCAGUUUUGUUAUCAGUUCCUACAUCAUCAAUGCAAAGCAUUAUUGUUGUAGUCAUAUAGCUUUGAGUUAUCUUCUCGUCCCUUUUUAAAUUUUCCAUAAUUGUGUGCAUUCCCAUACCUUAGUGGCCUUAACAAAUAUUCAUUUGGGUUGACAUCUACCCACUGUGAAAAGAAAAUAGAUUUCAGUUUUGAAGUCAAAGCAUAAAUUAUCCGUAGUAUUAUUUUGUAUCCAUAUGUGAAUAAUUAUUCUGUACAUCCUAGCAGUUGUGACAAGAGCAGAAAGUUGCAGGAGACUGUACAUUGACUGAAUGUGUGAUAUUGUACAGAAAUUUGUGUGGGGAAGGGGUACACAUUAAAAGAGAACUUGUUAAUCUGUAUAAAUGGUUAAAAAUUAUGUCUUCAAAUAUGUGUGUUUUACCAAAAUACCCCAAGAGAAUAUGUGCCAUUCUUUGACAUAAUCAUACAUUGAUCAACAAAUCUUCACUUAUUUAUUGUGAUAUGGUUUUGUAAAUCAACAUCAUUGUACAUUGAAAUAGUGAGAGAUUGAAGUCGGGAAGAAUGUAUAGAAAGUCUACUUUAAUAAAUGUUGUAAUUUUGUAAAACCAA